ACAUUCUGGUUGGUACCACCCAAGCAACCUAUUCCCGUAGGUCCCCUGCGGCUCCGCGGAGGCCCAGGAGAGCGUGCGGCACGUCGGGGCUGACCUGCUACCUUUCCUCCGCUGUCUUCCCCAGCCGCCGCGGGAGUCGCCCGCUCCUGGUUACCACGGCAACCGUGACGAGCCCGCAGCCGGCUCCCGGGUCCGCCGCCCCGACUUUCCCAGCCCCGGCUGCGACGCAGCGGUGAGCGCGGGCGGGGAGAGGCAGGCGCCCGGGAUCCUCGUCCUUCCUCCCUGCGUCGACCGGGAAUCAGGGACGGAAAGGGAUGUGCCGCGGGGCCUCCGGACGCUGCUCUCCGGUGGGAUCGCAGCUGGAGGAUGCAGCGGGCUGCACUUAGGAUGCGUGCAGCGUAGCAGCAGCACCUGUGUACUGAGGCCCCACUAGCCCUGGGCAGGCAGGGAGGAGAUGCUGCUUGAAGCCCUGAUUGGUUAACGUGACAGUGCCUGGUGAACCACCAGCCGUGCCCCUGCUCCCUUUGUGGAGGGAGCAGAGAGCGCAGGAGCAUGGAGGAAAGUAAGAAUGAGAUGAUGAAUCGCGGCUCAUGGUCUCUAAUCGACCGGUUUGUCCAGGCCACCACCUGCAAAGGCACCCUCAAGGCCUUCCAGGAGCUCUGUGAUCACCUGGAACUAAAGCCCAAGGACUACCGCUCCUUCUAUCACAAGCUCAAGUCCAAGCUUAACUACUGGAAAGCCAAAGCCCUCUGGGCAAAGCUGGACAAACGGGGCAGCCACAAAGACUACAAGAAGGGAAAGGCCUGCACAAACACCAAGGUAAGGGCUUGGCUGCCCUCAGCCGGCCCCUGUGGCCUCCGCACCGCCAUUGACUUGUCCUUGUUGGGUGCCAAAGUGGUCGUUAUUGAGAAACGAGACGCCUUUUCCCGCAACAACGUCUUAAACCUCUGGCCGUUCACCAUCCAUGAUCUGCGAGGUCUGGGCGCCAAGAAGUUCUAUGGCAAGUUCUGUGCUGGAGCCAUCGACCAUAUCAGUAUCCGGCAGCUCCAACUAAUACUUUUGAAAGUAGCCCUGAUUCUAGGCAUUGAAAUCCAUGUCAACGUGGAAUUCCAAGGCCUCGUACAGCCUCCUGAGGACCAAGAGAACGAACGGAUAGGAUGGCGGGCACUGGUGCACCCGAAAACCCAUCCUGUAUCCGAGUAUGAAUUUGAAGUGAUCAUUGGAGGGGAUGGCCGUAGGAACACUUUGGAAGGAUUUCGUCGGAAGGAAUUUCGUGGCAAACUGGCCAUCGCCAUCACAGCAAAUUUUAUUAACCGUAACACUACCGCAGAAGCCAAAGUGGAAGAGAUCAGUGGUGUCGCUUUUAUAUUCAACCAAAAAUUUUUCCAGGAACUAAGGGAAGCCACAGGUAUUGAUUUGGAGAACAUCGUCUAUUACAAAGACGACACACACUAUUUCGUAAUGACAGCCAAAAAGCAGAGUUUACUGGACAAAGGGGUGAUACUGCAUGACUACACUGACACAGAGCUCUUGCUCUCUCGGGAGAAUGUGGAUCAAGAGGCUCUGCUCAGCUACGCCAGAGAGGCGGCGGACUUCUCUACCCAGCAGCAGCUGCCAUCUCUAGAUUUCGCCAUCAACCACUAUGGACAGCCUGACGUGGCCAUGUUCGACUUCACUUGCAUGUACGCCUCUGAGAACGCGGCCUUGGUGCGGGAACAGAACGGGCACCAGUUGCUGGUGGCCCUGGUGGGGGACAGCCUCCUCGAGCCUUUCUGGCCCAUGGGAACAGGAAUAGCCCGAGGCUUCCUGGCUGCUAUGGACUCGGCCUGGAUGGUACGGAGCUGGUCCCUGGGAACGAGCCCCCUGGAAGUGCUGGCGGAGAGGGAAAGCAUUUAUAGGUUGCUGCCUCAGACCACCCCCGAGAAUGUGAGUAAAAACUUCAGCCAAUACAGCAUCGACCCUGUCACCAGGUAUCCCAAUAUUAACAUCAACUUCCUCCGGCCAAGCCAGGUGCGCCAUUUAUAUGAUACUGGAGAAACGAAAGACAUUCAUCUGGAAAUGGAGAACCUGGUGAAUUCCCGAACUACCCCAAAGUUGACUCGCAAUGAGUCUGUAGCUCGUUCAAGCAAACUGCUGGGUUGGUGCCAGAGGCAGACAGAUGGCUACGCGGGGGUCAGUGUGACAGAUCUCACCAUGUCUUGGAAAAGCGGCCUGGCUCUUUGUGCAAUUAUCCACAGAUAUCGCCCUGAUCUGAUAGACUUUGAUUCUCUAGAUGAGCAGAAUGUUGAGAAGAACAACCAGCUGGCCUUUGAUAUUGCUGAGAAGGAGCUGGGCGUCCCUCCCAUCAUGACAGGCAAAGAAAUGGCCUCUGUGGGGGAGCCUGACAAGCUGUCCAUGGUGAUGUACCUGACGCAGUUCUACGAGAUGUUUAAGGACUCACUCCCCUCCAGUGACACCGUGGACCUGAAUGCCGAGGAGAAGGCCAUCCUGAUAGCCAGCACCAAAUCCCCCAUCUCCUUCCUAAGCAAGCUGGGCCAGACCAUCUCUCGGAAGCGCUCUCCCAAGGAUAAAAAGAAGGACGUGGACAGCGCUGGAAAGAGGAGAAAGACCAGUCAGUCUGAGGAGGACGAAGCCCCCCGGGGCUCCCGUGGAGAGCGGCCCCCGCUGGUGAGCACGCUGACUGACAGGAGGAUGGACGCCGCCCUUGGCAACCAGAACAAAGUCAAGUACAUGGCAACCCAGCUGCUGGCCAAGUUUGAAGAGAAUGCGCCCCCACAGUCCACCGGCAUCCACAGACAGGGCUCAGUCAAGAAGGAGUUCCCGCAGAACCUGGGGGGCAGUGACACGUGCUACUUCUGCCAGAAGCGGGUCUAUGUGAUGGAGAGGCUGAGUGCCGAGGGCAAGUUCUUCCACCGGAGCUGCUUCAAGUGCGAGUACUGCGCCACCACCCUGCGCCUCUCAGCCUACGCCUAUGACAUCGACAGUGGUAAAUUCUACUGUAAACCUCACUACUGCUACCGACUCUCCGGCUACACCCAGAGGAAGAGACCGGCUGUGGCCCCCCUGUCUGCAAAGGAGGCCAGAGGAGCCCUGCAGGAUGGCCCCGCUGUGGACGCAAGUGGACGGGCCAGCGCAGCUGCCAGCUCGGCCGAGAGGACCCCAGGCUCAAGUGUGAAUGGCCUGGAGGAGCCCAGCAUUGCCAAGAGGCUGAGGGGCACCCCUGAGAGGAUCGAGCUGGAGAACUACCGCCUGUCCGUGAAGCAGGCGGAGGGGCUGGAGGAGGUGCCCGAGGAGACGCAGGCGGAGCACAACCUCAGCAGCGUGCUGGACAAGGGCACCGAAGAGGACGUGGCCAGCAGCAGCUCCGAGUCGGACAUGGAGGAGGAGGAGGAGGAGGGGCCCCAGCUGCCCACGUCUGACCUGGGCGGUGUUCCGUGGAAGGAGGCCGUGAGGAUCCACGCUCUCCUGAAAGGCAAGAGCGAGGAGGAGCUGGAGGCCUUGAAGGACUACGAACUUGGGAAGGAGGAUGAGGAGGACGGAGAGGAGGAGGACUAUGAUGAUGAGGAGGAGGACUACGACGAGGAGGAGGAGGAGGAGGAGUCUAGUGAAGCCGGGAAGCAGAGGCUACGGCCGAUCAUAAACCCAGCUGACCCCUUGGAGAUCCAGGCUGAUGUGCACUGGACACACGUCCGCGAGAAGGAGGAGGAGGAGAGAGCGGAGCCCACCUCCGAGUCCUCUCCUUCUGGAGUCCCAUUUGAUGAGAAUAGCCUGGAGGAAGAUGUGAACUCGGAGCCUGCGGAGAUAGAAGGGGAGGCAGCGGAGAAUGGGGACACAGGGGACACUGGUGCUGAGCUGGAUGAUGAUCAGCACUGGUCUGACGAUGUCCCCUCGGACGCUGAAACCGAGCUCCGCUUGCGGCACCAGGAAGAGGUGGAAGCAGAGCUGGAGCUGCGGGUGUCAGAGAAUGAGGGGGAGACGCCACCCCCCACACCAAAGCUACAGGAGAGAGGGCCCUCCCAGGCCACCAGCCCUGUCCAGUCCCCUCAGGAGCAAGCUGCCAUCUCCUCCCUGGCCCACAGCCCCGUGGCAGAGGGGGCCCGAACCCCAUUUGCCUCCGUUGGCAGAAAAGUGAAGUCACCAGAGGAGCACUUUUUCCCUGAACUUUUGCUCCCUGAAGACAAGCCCAGCACCGACGUCCCCACUGGCCAGACGCUCGUGCCCUCUCCCAUCCGAUGCCAGCCGGUGGCCCUGCCAGACGCUAGGACGCCCCCCACCCCAGUCAGCCCUCCGCCAGUGUCCCCGCCGGCCGCCGCCACCAGCCCCUGUGCCCAGCUCCCCAUCUGCUCCCAGCCUCGGCCUGCCUCCGAGGUCACCGUCCCCUCGCCCACCACGUCCCCCAUACGCUUCCAGCCCGUCCCAGCCAAGACGUCUACCCCCCUCCCUGAGAAGAACCAGGGUGAGCCCAGGGACCGGCUGGACGAGACCCUGAAACGGAACGACCUGGUGGAGGAGUUCUGGAUGAAGAGCGCCGAGAUCCGCCGCAGCCUGGGGCUCACCCCCGUGGACCGGAGCAAGGGGCCUGAGCCCGGCUUCCCCUCGCCCACCCUCCAGUUGGCGCCCCUCAAGUCCUAUCUGGUGGAUAAGUCCCUUCCGGACGAGGGGUUCCGUCUCCAGAAACCUCCACCGAUCCCUAAGAGGCUGGGCCUGCCCAAGUCAGAUGGCGACCAGCUCUCGCUCCCCACCCCCAAGUCCCCAUCCGACAGGGAGCUGAGAAGCUCCCAGGAUGAGCGGAGAGACCUGUCCAGCAGCUCAGGCCUGGGCCUGCACGGGAGCUCGUCCAACAUGAAGACUCUGGGCAGCCAGAGCUUCAACACCUCGGACUCCGCCAUGCUCACGCCCCCCUCCAGCCCUCCACCGCCCCCUCCCCAGGAUGAGGAGCCUGCCACGCUGCUCCGGAAGCCAUGCCCACCUCUCGAGCGCCUGGAGGCUGAACCCAAGGCCUCAGUGGUCCCACCCCCACCUCCUGCCGCCUUCAUGCGGCCCCCCCGAGAGCCGGCGCAGCCCCCCCGGGAGGAGGUGCGCAAGUCCUUCGUAGAGAGCGUGGAUGAGAUCCCCUUCGCCGACGAUGUGGAGGACACCUACGACGAGCAGACGGAGGACUCAAGUCUGCAGGAGAAGUUCUUCACGCCCCCCUCCUGCUGGCCCCGCUCUGAGAAGCCCCUCCACCCAGCCCUGGCCAAGGAGAAUGGAAGGCUGCCGGCCCUGGAGGGCAGGGUCCUGCCUCCAAAGAGGGGGCUGCCCUUGGUCUCCCCCGAGGCCAAGGAGCUGGCCGAGGAGCGCAUGCGUGCCAGGGAGAAGUCUGUGAAGAGCCAGGCGCUGCGGGACGCCAUGGCCCAGCAGCUGAGCCGGAUGAAGGGGAUGGAGGUGGCGGCCGCAGUCUCCAGGCCCCCUGGGGGCAGCUCCCGCAGGGCGGCCUCCGCACCCUCUAAGGGCAAGGAGCUGAGCUCCGAGCCCCCCAGACGGCCUGCUCUCAGAGGUCGUGAGGAGCCCACCCCAAAGCGCGAGGCCCCUGGCGAGGAGGUCCUCUUGCCGCCCUCCGACUUGGGGGGCCCCAACGGGUCGGUCACCUCAUCUGAGAGCUCCAGUGGGAAGAGCAAGAAGCGGUCGUCACUCUUCUCCCCCCGCAAAAUCAAGAGAGAGAAGAAGUCCAAAAGCGAGGGCCAGGCCCCUGAGAAGCCCAGCCCGAGCCUCCUGGAGGAGGCGGCCGCCAAGCCCAGGUCCCUGUGGAAGUCGGUCUUCUCUGGGUACAGGAAGGACAGGAGGAAGAAGGGCGACGACAGGUCGAGCUCCAGCACCCCCUCCAGUGGGGCCACAGUGGGCUCCGGGCGCCAGCAGGUGUCUCCCAUCGUGAGGGCAGAGCUGCAGCUCCGGCGCCAGCUGAGCUUCUCCGAGGACUCGGACCUCUCCAGCGAUGACAUCCUCGAGAAGUCCUCCCAGAAGUCCAGACGAGAGCCAAGAACCUACACGGAGGAGGAGCUGAACGCCAAGCUGACCCGGCGCGUGCAGAAGGCGGCGCGGAGACAGGCCAAGCAAGAGGAGCUCAAGCGGCUGCACCGGGCCCAGAUUAUCCAACGUCAGCUGGAGCAGGUGGAGGAGAAGCAGAGGCAGCUGGAGGAGCGAGGGGUGGCUGUGGAGAAGGCGCUGCGGGGUGAAGCAGGCAUGGGCAAGAAGGACGACCCCAAGCUGAUGCAGGAGUGGUUCAAGCUGGUGCAGGAGAAGAACACCAUGGUGCGCUACGAGUCGGAGCUGAUGAUCUUUGCCCGAGAGUUAGAACUAGAAGACCGGCAGAGCCGACUGCAGCAGGAGCUCCGGGAGCGGAUGGCCGUGGAAGACCACCUGAAGACUGAAGAGGAGCUGUCUGAGGAGAAGAAGAUCCUGAACGAGAUGCUGGAGGUGGUGGAACAGAGGGACUCGCUGGUGGCUCUGCUAGAGGAGCAGCGGCUCCGAGAGAAAGAGGAGGACAAGGACCUGGAGGCCGCCAUGCUGUCCAAGGGCUUCAGCCUGAACUGGUCCUGAGCCACCACCCGUGCUCCGGCCGGUUGGUCCACUGGCCCCGCCUGACCCGGGCUGGGUUCUGCUGAGCCACACAGACUCCGAGAUCGGAGAGGGCCCGGCACUCCUGGGAGCGUGCACCCAAACGUCCACGUGCCUCUAGAAGAGGGGGUCAAGUCUCGUGUGCUGUGGGAAUCCCUGGGUGACGACCGUUAUCUGAGGUGACAGCCUCCUGGGAAGAGGCCCGUGUGGACUUCCCACCCCGAAGAGAGAGCAGCACAGUGCACUGUCGUCGGAUGAAGUGGCACAUCCUGCUGGGGGCACGUGUGGCUGGGCCUUCCUUCCACGGUGUGCUUGAUGAGACAGAAUCUGCUUCACCCUUGUCAGAACCACAGCCACCCAGAGCGAGCCUCCAUGGAGCCAAAGGGCGGCCGUCUUUCAUUCUCUCUGAAGCACCACCAAAGAAAUGAUGAGGUCACCGCCGUGAAAGCUGGGUGUGACCAGAGACCCAGAGGUGGGAUGGCCCACUGAGGGUGACCCCAGCCUUGCAGCGGAAGCUCCCAGGUCCUUCACACAGGUGCAGGGGGAGCAGGGGGGCUCCCAGCCAACGCCACACACUGGACUCUGUGGCCAGGAGCCCCAGGCAUCUUGCCGGCUGUGGCCUGACGCCUGUGGAUUGCUGCAUUCUGCUUUUAAUUCACAACCAUUUUGACACUGGAAAAUACUGACUCUGGGGGCUGGGGUGAGGCCUGCAUCUCAGGCCUCAGCUGGCAGAUGGGUUGUCACUGCUAGUGCUUCACACCGGGGCAGGAGGCCGUCCUGUUCGUGGCAUUUUUUCACUGUGUUUGCACAUUGAAAUGAAGCUGAUGGCCUGGCCAGACCCUCAGCCACUUUGGACCCUUUUUGUCCAUUAACUUAUUUUUUUAAUACUUGAAAAGAAGCAAUUUCAUUUUUAUAUCUUUACUAGAGACCCUGGCCGCCUGGCCUCUGGGUGCACAGCCUGUAUCUCUCCACCCCAUCCCACGGGAGGAUCCAACGGCGAGAGACGGCCCAGGACAUGUGUCUGUUCCUUGGCAUCCUUCAGAAUGUUACUGAUCAGUGGGUGUCAGGGAGCAGCUCGAGACCCCCAGGCAGGUCCUUGCUCCCAGCUUUUCUGACUCCUGUCCACAGGGUCCCACCCCUGCCUGCUAACCUGGCACCCUGAGCCCACCCCGGGGCCAGGCCUUUAGAAUCAGAACCAUCGUCAUCAUUUGAGGCCAAGCCAAAAGGCAAAGGUGCAACUCUCGCCUCUCCCUCUUGGGAUCCUGUUUUUUUCUGUUUUGGUGCCAGGGCUUCACCUCCCAUGACACAUUUGUUAAGCAAGUUUGGGGGCAAGCCCUCUCCCGGACUGAGACAGCUUAUGGUGGGUGCUCAUGCUCAGCUGGGCUGAGGAGAAGCCCCUCAACCCGGCCUGGGGUGAGACCAGAGAGCAGUGCAUCCGGUGAGGCGGGUGCUGGGUCAGGGCUGGUCUCGGGAGCUGGCCCUCCACCAGGCCAUCCCCCGGGCAGGCAAGCCUCUGAAUCCUGACGGUGACCAACACCAGGUAACCAGCUCCUUAUGCCAAAUGCUGCUCAUUUUGCAAGGUUCAGCCUUCGCCUGGCUGUGUGCAGCUCAUGGAGCCACUGACCUUCUGUAAAAGUGAGUGGGCCAGCCACAAAAUUAGCACAGAGCAAGCCCAAGGAGCAGGCCCACUGGGGCCAGCCCACCCCGUGAGGGGCUCUCCAGCCCUUUCCAGCACCACCGUACCCCAGCUUGAAUGCUCAUUCUAAGUGCAGAGGAAUGAAGAUCCCUGUCUUACGCCUUGCUUUUUCCAGAAGCUGCCGUCUCUCCUGUGGAAACCCAGGGGAUGUGCUGCUAGCAGCCAUCACUAGCUCUGACUUCUUCGCACCGUUUUCUGAUGAGGCAAAGCCUCCACUUUUAGUCUGUUUCUUAAAAGGGGGGGGGGGGUAGGCGAGGGUGUUAAAGAUUCCAUCUUCAAAUCCCAUCUUCCAAUAAAAUGGGACUGGGGACAGGACAUCCAUUGCCUGCCCAGCCGUCCCCCUCUCCACCUCUCAAAUGCCACCAUGACCGUAAAGCCCGGGAGCAUCACCUCCAUCCCUUGUAGCUCCUCCCAGCCCCAGAACAAGAGAGCCAUUCUCAGGGCUCCCCUUAAAGGGUGUGGUGAUAGUUACGUGCUGUAAGGGGCUAUGGUGGCAGGGACACUGGCCAUCACCUUCUGCCCCUCCUGCUGCCCAGCACUUGUCAACCUUGACACGGCUGCCUCCUUCCAAAGCACAUGCUGCUGCCCGCAGUUAAUAGGGGGAUGGAGACUUGUCAGAGGCCUCAGGAAUCCAUAAGCCUGCAGAAAGUUCCCCAGCUCACUGCUCCCCACAGUGUUAGGACUUCAGGUCCUGGAGGAGUGCCUUUUUUUUUUUUUUUUUUUUUAAAUCACCUCUGUUUUGUAACUGCUAGUUUGUGUUUGGUUUUAGUCCUGUGGCGAUGUGCUGAAUGAACCGUUUUCCAGCUCCGGAAAUGCAUGCUGCUUCCCAGCCAGGUUUUUUUCCCAAGAGCUGAAGUCCCCCUGCAGGUGGAGAGCAGGUACACACAGAGAGAGAACACGCCAGUUACUUUGAGUGAGUCCAAACACAAAGUGCAUGACACGGGGGGGGGCAGGCUGAACCUCUUCGGAGGGGAGGCAGCCCUCUGCUCCUGAGGUUGAGGGAUGGGCAGCCAGCAGUGGGCUGGGUUCCAAACCCUGCUAAGGGGAGAUCCGGGGGAGCGUUUGCCCCCAGGAGUGGUCCUCAAGCUGAUCUGGACCAACAAUGGUAACCUCUUUUUCACCCUAUCAAAAGAGGAGAAACUUUUUAGUGGGGCAGGAAAAGAACAGAGUGAAGAAGGCAGCAAUAUCUGAUCCACAAAUGGGUAUGGUCCACUUUAUAUGCAAUAAAAGUUUUUAAAAGAAAUA